CGCGUUCUAUGCUGUCUGUCGGUGGAAGUUCUGUUGGUUCCCCAUUCUCUUUGCCCAUAAUCAAAAUGGCGCUGCAGGAGUCAUAGCAAGUUAUGAUCUUAUAGAGUGAUUUUUAUACCUUGCGGUACCGGUGACCAGUGGCUACUUCUCCACACAUUACAUCUCAUUAUCGAGAUGGCUUCCCGGGAUGUCCUCUCAGACACCACUAAACUGGCUUCUUCUACAAUGAUCCUGCAGGUUCUCUUCCGUCUACUAACCUUCGGUUUAAAUGCUUUCACAUUGCGUUACGUCUCAAAAGAAAUUAUCGGCAUUGUUAAUGUUAGGCUAACCCUGUUUUAUACCACAGUGGUAUUUCUUGCCCGAGAAGCUUUCCGUAGAGCUUGCCUCAGUCACUCGUCACAGCAAAGUUGGCGACACACAGUUCAUCUCACCUGGCUGGCGGUUCCUCUGGGAAUUGGUUGGUUUUUAGUCUUGGGUUGGAUUUGGCUGCAUGUCCUGGAGAUUCCAAAAUCAGAGGUUAUCCCACAUUACACCACAGGAGUUUUGGCAUUUGGACUUUCUGCAGUAAUAGAGCUUCUAUCAGAACCAUUCUGGGUCCUUGCUCAGGCACAUCUCUUUAUCCGGCUCAAGGUUGUUGCUGAAAGCCUUGCAAUAAUUAUCCGUUGCUCCAUCACAGUAAUAUUGGUGCUUUUCUGUCCACACUGGGGAUUGAUCAUUUUCUCACUGGCCCAGAUCAUAUAUACAAGCAUUCUUGCUCUGUGUUACAUUCUUUAUUUUGCACGAUUCCUUGGCUCCCCAGAAGCAAAGAAGAAAUCUUUCCCUUUUACAAAGAUGAGAGAUUUCUUUCCUCAAUAUUCAGCAUCUCAGGACUUCCUAGAUUGGAAACAGGCAUGGCUGGCACUGAGCUUUUUCAAACAGUCUUUCCUUAAGCAGAUACUGACAGAAGGUGAACGUUAUGUAAUGACUUUUCUGAAUGUGCUGUCAUUUGGAGAUCAGGGAGUGUAUGAUAUUGUGAACAAUCUUGGCUCACUUGUGGCACGAUUCAUCUUUCUACCCAUAGAGGAAAGCUUCUAUGUAUAUUUUUCAAAGGUGCUGGAGCGAGGAAAAACUGUCAAGAGUCAACAAAAGGAGGAGGUCUCUGCAGCAUCUGAGGUUCUAGAAUCCCUGCUAAAAUUAGUGACACUAAUUGGACUGAUCAUUCUUGCAUUUGGAUAUGCAUAUUCACAGCUUGCACUGGAUAUUUAUGGUGGAUCCAUGCUAAGCGGAGGUUCUGGCCCAGUUCUACUGCGCUUCUACUGUCUCUAUGUGCUCCUGCUGGCAAUCAAUGGAGUCACAGAGUGCUUUACAUUUGCUUCAAUGAGUAAGGAAGAAGUGGACAGGUAUAACUAUGUCAUGUUGGGUCUGUCUGCAAGUUUCCUUUGCCUCUCAUAUUAUAUGACCGUUUGGUUGGGAAGCGUAGGUUUCAUCCUGGCAAACUGCUUCAACAUGGGUCUCCGGAUUGCACAUAGUGUGCUUUAUAUCGGGAAAUAUUUCAAGGGAAGCCCUUACCAACCACUGCGUGGUCUCCUUCCAUCCCCUGCAGUCAUCUGUAUGCUGGGCAUCAGCACUGCUUUAACUGGAUAUUCCGAGGUGUUAUUCUGCUGUGAUCAAGGUUGGCUGCUCCGUGUGGCUCACAUUCUUGUAGGCACUACCUGUAUCUCAAUCACUGCCUGUACUAUUGUACUGUCAGAAAGCAAACUGAUCCACUUUAUCCGUAGCCAUUUCCUGGCUGGCCGUUCCAAAAAGGGUGUUUAAUAAGGGUGGAAACCUGGACAAUGCCCUGUUAUAAAGGGUGUGUUUACAGAGCUAUCUCUCCUGUGGAUGUAAGAAUGUGCCAAGUGGACUGAACUCAAGAACUAAAAAUCACCACGUGUCAUUGUUCUUCCUUACUUGGGGUCAGCAAACUCUGUAACUUUGCAUACAGUGAUGAUAAAACAGAGUGUAACAGAAACAACUGAUACAGCAAGUUGUCAGAUCCUUGCCUACAGACACAGUGCAUCAUAAGAUACAGACUAUCCACUAUUACAGUGGAUCAAAACAGCUGAAAGACUGACUAUAUUGUAGAUAUUAUGGUGAAAGAUUUUGAGGGUGAAUUUUAAGGGUUAAGGGUUGAAAUCCAUUUGUGAUUUUUUAAAAAAUAUGCAACAAUGCAGGGUAAGAACCGUGCGGCUGAGGUGGACAGCCUUCAGUCAUAAGUAGAACAAUGCGGGUUAGAACAGUGUGGCUGAUGAGAUGGGUCCACAAAGAGAUUUUAAAUAUAUAUAAUCUCAUUUGGGUGUCAGGAAGGUAAAUAGAAAAAGCUCUUCAGUAGUCAAGACAAUAGAUGGUGACAGAGUGAAUGUGUAUGCUAUCUUGGGUGAGAGAGUGACAUGUUAAAGUGGCUCUGUCACCUUCUGGGGUCUUUGUACAUUUUGCAAAGACCCCCAAUGGUGACAGCGCUGCUCAGGCUGUGGUGGCCGGGGGGAUGCAGCCAUGGUGAGUUGUCUUCUUUCUCCAAGUCCUAGAGCUUCAGAAUUAUGAGAUCUUUCGACUGUGUUGGAAUUUCAAUGACAUUCCAA